UUUCGUCGUGCUGUGACUACGAUAGUUUAAGCGCGUUUCGAUUAUUGAAAAAAGUCAUAGUUCAGUGAGGACAUGCAAAUUACUUCGCUUUCCGCGUGCCCAUGGAUAAGGUGUGACUUGACAGACACCAACUCCAUGAGUGAGGGUUAGGGAGGCAUCCCCUUCUCAACCAGACCUUGGAGUAACUCUUAUGCCUCGAUAUUCCACAGCAGAACCUCUUCUGGAGCAGCUGCUCCUGACAGAUCACCAAUACAAAUCAUUCUAACACCUUUAGAGGCACACAUGUGAAAGCCGCUUCUACAGCAGCUAACUUCUCCUGCAGCUUGAGGUUUGUCAAGGACAAGUAUUAGGAACACAUUCCUUUCUGAUAAAAGAUUAAAAAAUGGAAGAUAAAGGCCAGUACUGUCCUGCCAUUGAGGUCAUGAUUAACGAUUCAUAUAAUUCUUCACAGAUUAACUACUUAUUUGUGUCAAUUCAUGGUAUUUUGUCUGUGUUUGGAAUUCUGGAAAAUGCUCUCAUCGUGUGGGUCAUCGGUUUUCGAGUUCGCCGAUCUGUUGUUAGCAUCUGGAUUCUUAAUUUAGCUGCUUCUGAUUUAAUAGCAACGGUUUCUUUGCCCUUCUUCACAGUGUUUAUGGCACAAGGUCAAAGCUGGCCUCUUGGACGUGUUUUCUGUAAAAUUCACUCCUCCAUUUUUUUUUUGAACAUGUAUGUCAGCGGAUUUCUUCUCAGUGCAGUGAGUCUGGACCGUUGUAUUUUGGUGGUUUAUCCUGCUUGGUCCCAGAACCAUCGAAAUGUUCAACUGGCAUCAAGGGUCUGCUUCAUUAUUUGGGCAUUGGCUAUCAUCAACAUAAUCCCAUUUUUUAUUUUCAGAGAUACUAUUAAUCGUAGAGAUGGAAGGAUCAUGUGCUACUACAACUACAUUCUUUAUAGCUCUCCAGACGAUAGCCUGGACUUCCUUUGUCGUUUAAGGCAUUGUAUGUUAGCCUUUAUCAAAUUCAUUGUAUCAUUUUUUAUUCCUUUGCUUGUAAUAAUCGGCAGCUACACAAUUGUUAGUUUAAAUAUUAGGAAACGUGGCAGGAAACCAACCUCCCGUUUCUUCCGGUUAAUAGUGUGUGUCAUCAUCUCAUUUGUACUCUUCUGGCUUCCUUACCACAUUUUCAGCAUUUUGGAGGCUUUCUUACCGUACAGUUCAAAACUUUAUAAAGUUGUAGAGCGCAUCCUUCAAUUGGUCUCUACCUUGACAUUUAUGAAUUGCAUCAUCAAUCCUUUUUUGUAUGUAUUUAGCUGCCCUGAUUUUACAGCAAAAAUCCGCCAAUCUCUAAGUACAGUGAUGGAAACUGUUUUGAUGGAUGAGCCGGAGUUGUACCAGCGUCGGAGCACCACUCACUCCUCUAUCAGCUCAAGUGAUGUGUUUACUCGGAGUUAUAAAUUCCACUGGAAGAAAAGUAGGAACAGUGGGAAAUUUACACAAGGAGGAGCGGAACCCCCAGUAGUGUUCUAAGCAAUAUUUUAAUGGUUUUUGAUCAUAUGAAGAGCAAUGUGAAGUGAAAAAUAUAUCUGUGUUUGUGGUAUGGGCAGUAGUUAUGAUCAAAAAUGACUGCACUCGGACUUUCUGUAUGGGAUUGCCUCAUCAAUUUUAGUUUGAUGUUGCUUUUUAAAGAACUUUUUUUAAUGCUCCUGAAGGGAGGUACUAUACAAAAUCAUUUUUGAAAACACAUCCAAAUGAGGAACACACAAAGCAUGGUGAAGUCAAGGUCUCUCAACGUGUUCCUAAACAUGUAAGAUAUCAUUGAUCAUGGAUUACAUAGUUAGAAGUUAACAUUUCAAUGACUGGGAAGGAGCAAUGAUUGCCGGGGCAGGGCAUGUUUCAGUACAACUUGAUGAUGUUUCACUAGGAUCACAGUCCAAAGGGACAUUGGGAUGGAACUCAAAACAAUGUGCCAUCAGCAAAAUGGGAUGGACAGUCAGAAGGAUGUCCAUCAUCAGCAAAAUGUAACAGUGGUCUAAAGUGCAGACUCCUUAUUUUCCUGAUAUUCAUUCAGUAGUUUAUGACCAUAAAAAUUGAAUCAAUGUUCCAUAAAUUCAGUCGAUGCUUAACAGAGGAUUGACUUGAAAUCACUAUAAUCAUCCAUCUAUCCAUUAUCCAACCCAUCCAUCCAUCCAUUAUCCAACCCGCUAUAUCCAAAUACAGGGUCAC